CUGAUAACGCAAUGUGACGGUGCUGGGAGCCGUUACUACAUGUUGACAUUCCGGUUGGGUGAAAGGAUAAAGCCAACGGUCGGCGCUUCGGUCCAGUACUACACAGCAGCAGUAACGGACGGUGCGCCUCCCUCCCUUUUUGAACUGCUGCCGAGUUCCAAUCCGAUUACCUCCAUUUAUUUCAUUGAGGCGUUUAACGUUGACGUUAUGACGCGACAAUAACACUGUGCCGGGGGAUUCUUGCCUGCUGCUGCCCUUCCGUAUGUUUUGAAUCGACCAUCCGUUUGUUUAUAUUUUGAUCGGCUGUCGACAACGUCGGUUGUCAUUAAAUGCCAUUUUUUUUGAAGAAAUAGCGAAGGCGAUGUAAACGAUUUAAUCGGGUGGUUCCAUUUAUUGUAGGCAAGGGACAGCUCCUCCUCCCUCCCACCCCUCUGUGGUGUAAAGUCCGCUGUCCGCCGCUCUCUUGUCGGUGAUGCUGCGGUCCUCGCUGCUCCCAUAGUUAGUACCCUCGCGCGGCGCUGGUCGGCCGGCCCGCCCGCCAGCCCACUCGAGCUCUUUCGCGCCGCUGAGAUUUGUCCGGCUCGCGCUCUUUCCCUCCCUCCAGCAGCCGUUGCUACCGGCGAUGUGGGUCAACCCGGAGGAAGUGGUGCUGGCCAACGCGCUGUGGGUGACCGAGAGAGCUAACCCGUACUUUGUGCUGCAGAGGAGAAAGGGACAUGGAGAAGGGGGCGGAGGGCUGGCUGGAUUGCUGGUUGGUACACUUGAUGUCGUAUUGGAUUCCAGUGCCCGCGUUGCACCAUAUAGAAUCCUUUACCAGACUCCUGACUCCCUAGUCUACUGGACAAUUGCUUGUGGUUGCUCAAGAAAAGACAUAACCGAACACUGGGAAUGGAUGGAGCAUAAUUUAUUACAGACACUUUCAAUCUUCGAGAAUGAAAAUGAUAUCACUACGUUUGUUAAGGGUAAAAUACAGGGUAUAAUUGCAGAAUAUAAUAAAAAUAAUGAUAUUAAGGAGGAUGAUGACACAGAUAAAUUUAAAGAAGCUAUUUUGAAGUUUCGUAAGCUAUUUGGGAUGCCAGAAGAAGAAAAGUUGGUUAAUUACUACUCUUGCAGUUAUUGGAAGGGUCGGGUUCCGCGGCAGGGUUGGAUGUAUCUCAGCAUCAAUCAUCUUUGUUUUUACUCAUUUUUGCUGGGAAAAGAAGCUAAAUUAGUGAUUCGAUGGGCAGACAUCACUCAGCUGGAGAAGAAUACUACAUUGCUCUUUCCUGAAAUGAUUAAAGUCAGCACAAGAUGCAGUGAACAUAUUUUCUCUGUUUUCCUCAAUAUUGGAGAAACCUUUAAGUUAAUGGAACAACUAGCCAACAUUGCUAUGAGACAGCUUCUUGAUAACGAAGGCUUUGAAGAAGACCGUUCACUUCCAAGACUGAAAAAGAAGUCUCCUCAAAAGGUUUCUGUGCUAAAACGGGAUCUUGAUGCUAGGGCAAAAAGUGAACAAUACAGGGCUUUAUUCCGACUUCCCAAAGACGAACGUCUGGAUGGACACACAGAUUGCACCCUUUGGACACCAUUCAGUAAAAUGCACGUCGUGGGUCAGAUGUUUGUUUCUACUAAUUACAUCUGCUUCACCAGUAAGGAGGAAAACCUGUGCAGUCUUAUUAUUCCUUUAAGAGAGGUGACAAUUGUGGAGAAAGCAGAUAGUUCAAGUGUGCUUCCAAGCCCCUUAUCUAUCAGUACCAAGAAUAGGAUGACUUUCUUUUUUGCCAACCUGAAAGACCGAGAUUUCCUGGUGCAAAGAAUUUCUGACUUCCUACAGCAAACAACAUCAAAAAUUUGCUUUGACAGAGAAAUUGUAGGCAGUCUCGGUUCAGACGAUGAGGUAUUUUCCAGACAAAGCAGUAUUGUUUCAGGUAGCCCACAGAGAAGUCUCAGUUCUACUUCUGAUGCAGAUGGCGAGCGACAGCUUAAUCUAAAUGGAAAUAAUAUUCCAAUAGCUACGCAGACACUCAUGACAAUGUACCGACGUAGAUCACCUGAAGAAUUCAAUCCUAAAGUGGCAAAGGAACUAAUGAAGGAGCAAUCCUGGCAAGUCCACUUUGCUGAAUAUGGCCGUGGUGUAUGCAUGUAUCGCACAGAGAAGACCCAGGAGCUUGUACUGAAAGGAAUACCUGAAAGUAUGAGGGGGGAGCUUUGGUUACUAUUUUCAGGUGCCAUUAAUGAGAUGGCUACCCAUCCUGGAUAUUACUCUGAUUUGGUGGAGAAAUCCAUUGGAAAGUACAACCUAGCCACAGAAGAAAUUGAGAGGGAUCUACACCGCUCACUCCCUGAGCAUCCAGCAUUUCAGAAUGAGAUGGGAAUUGGUGCUCUGCGUAGGGUACUCACUGCCUAUGCUUUCCGAAAUCCUAACAUAGGAUAUUGCCAGGCAAUGAACAUUGUUACUUCGGUGCUGCUAUUGUAUGCAAAAGAGGAGGAAGCUUUCUGGUUGCUGGUUGCACUUUGUGAACGGAUGCUGCCAGACUACUAUAACACUAGAGUGGUUGGGGCAUUGGUGGAUCAAGGUGUGUUUGAAGAGCUUACCAGGGAUUAUGUGCCACGACUUUAUGAUUGUAUGCAGUAUUUGGGUGUUAUAUCCACCAUCUCGCUUUCCUGGUUCCUCACACUCUUCCUCAGUGUGAUGCCUUUUGAGAGUGCUGUUGUUGUUGUAGACUGUUUCUUCUUUGAGGGAAUUAAAGUGAUCUUUCAACUUGCUCUUGCUGUAUUGGAUGCUAAUAUUGACAAGUUGUUGAAUUGUAAGGAUGAUGGAGAGGCUAUGACUAUACUUGGAAAAUAUUUGGACAGUGUGACGAACAAGGACAGCACAUUGCCACCCAUCCCUCAUCUUCAUUCUCUUCUUAGUGAUGAUGGGGAUCCUUACCCUGAAGUUGAUGUUUUCAAAUUAAUCAGGAGCUCAUAUGAUAAAUUUGGUAGCAUCAGAGCAGAUGUGAUCGAGCAGAUGCGCUUUAAGCAGCGACUACGAGUGAUUCAGACUCUUGAAGAUACAACAAAGCGUAAUGUAGUUCGAGCUAUUGUGACAGACACGUCAUUUACAAUUGAUGAACUGGAAGAACUGUAUGUCCUUUUCAAGGCUGAACAUCUCACCAGUUGUUACUGGGGUGGAAACAGCAAUGCUAUAGAACGUCAUGAUCCUAGUCUGCCUUAUCUUGAACAAUAUCGUAUUGACUUUGAACAAUUCAAAGGAUUGUUUACACUUCUUUUCCCCUGGUCAUGUGGUGCACAUUCUGAUAUACUAGCUGCACGCUUAUUCCGACUACUUGAUGAGAAUGGAGACUCUUUAAUAAACUUCAAAGAAUUUGUCACAGGAUUAAGUACGAUGUGCCAUGCGGAUCUUGUAGAAAAAUUAAAAUUGUUGUAUAAGAUACAUGUGCUUCCAGAACCAUUUUUCAAUGAGCAAGAGGACCCUGAUUCUGCAUUUGAAGCUACGCAAUACUUCUUUGAAGAUGUAACGCCUGAAACUGUACAAGAUGUUGAGACCAGGGCAAAACAUGAAACAGAAGAUGGCUUUGUCACUGUAAACCUGAGAAAUGAAAAAGUUGAGAAACGACAAAACUUGCAUGAUUACCGACAUUACAUCAGGAUGUGGGCACAAGAAAAGGAACAUAAGUUAGAGAGCAUCAAAGACCUGCCUAAAUUGAAUCAAGAACAAUUCAUUGAACUAUGUAGAACUCUGUACAACAUGUUCAGUGAAGAUGCAAAUGAGCAAGAACUGUACCAUUCAACUGCAGCUGUAACUAGUUUACUUUUGGAGAUUGGUGAAGUCGGAAAACAAUUUGUCAGUCAGUCAAUACAGGAAGCAGGCAAAAUUGAUGAUAGCAACAGCAGAGUGCACUCAAAAAAGGAAAACCAACCAUUGCAUUAUGGACAGGGGGAUUCUUUCUGCCCAAUUGCUGAUGAAAAGGUGACAUCUAGUGAGCUACAAGACAUUAAACUGGAUGAUGAUUCACCAAAAGACAAUGGAGUGUCUUCAGCAAUGUUGAUUUCAGAUGAUGAAACGAAAGAUGAUAGUUCCAUGUCCUCAUAUUCUGUUCUGAGUGCUGGAUCUAAUGACGAUGAUAAACUACAGUGUGAGGACAUCACAGAGGACACUGUGCUUGUGCGCAAUAACAAUGAAAGCCCUCUUCCCAGGAGUGGCAGCAUGGACAAGGAUUGGGCUAUCACUUUUGAGCAGUUUUUAGCCUCUUUUCUAACUGAGAAUGCUUUGGUGAGAUACUUCGAGAAAACGGGGUUAGUGAUGCCCAGGAUUACAAAUGCUAAGAAUAUUAGAAUGAUGGGAAAACCAACCACUUCAGUGAAUGACUAUGAGAUCUCUGCAGUCUCAGGAUGAGGUGGUUGCUGCUGUUUAAUCCACAGGUUACAUAAAGUAAUGUCCUAUUAAAAACUUACCUAAUAGACCAAUAUAACAUUUAGUAAACUGAGUGUACAGUAGCUUCAGCCGAAUUGUCCAGUGUACUGUAUCUGUAUUGUAAAUUAAGUAAUAUUAAGCCCCAUUUUUCAUUGCAUUUUGAACUUGAGACAUUAAUUUAAUACAUUCUGUAGAAAACUGGAGCACCUGCACUUUGAUUUUCAUGCUGCUUUAUAAAACAGUUUAAGUUUGUUUAUUAAUCAUUUGUAUCUAAUGAUUCAUUGUAACUUUAUAUGUUAACUAGUGUCUCUUUGUUACUGAAACCAUUUCUGGAAAUUUCAUUUUUAUACUUGAUACCGUACUAACAACUUCUUCUCAGUUUAGCUUCCAAAUCAAAGUUGUGGUUUUAAAUUGGCCUCUUUUUCCUUUUGUUAUUUGAAAGGAUUCUUGGGAAUAUGGUUUGAUCUACAAAGUUAAAGGAAUAAUGUAUAGAAUAAAAUUUAAA